CGCCCCCUGCCCUGAGCCGCGCGGCCCCGGCCCGGCCGCCGCCGAGGACUCGACCCGGGUCCGGCUGUGCGGGCGGCGGGGACCGGCCCGGCCCCCGACGACGCGGCGGGCGGGACGGCCCUUGUUUGAUGUACUGAACCAGAGAACCUGACUUUAAGCCUUACUUAAUAUUAUGCCUUUGGAGAUGGAGCCCAAAAUGAGCAAACUUGCCUUUGGAUGCCAGAGAAGUUCCACGUCUGAUGAUGAUUCUGGCUGUGCCCUGGAGGAAUAUGCCUGGGUGCCCCCAGGCCUUCGGCCAGAGCAGAUCCAGCUUUAUUUUGCUUGUUUACCUGAGGAAAAGGUUCCUUAUGUUAACAGCCCUGGAGAGAAACAUCGAAUUAAACUACUUUUGUACCAGUUGCCACCACAUGAUAAUGAGGUGCGGUACUGCCAGUCUUUGAGUGAAGAAGAGAAAAAAGAAUUGCAAGUCUUCAGUGCUCAGCGAAAGAAAGAAGCUCUUGGAAGAGGAACCAUUAAGCUCUUGUCCAGAGCCGUGCUGCAUGCCGUGUGUGAACAGUGUGGCUUGAAGAUAAAUGGAGGUGAAAUUGCAGUGUUUGCGUCUCGUGCGGGCCCUGGAAUAUGCUGGCAUCCAUCCUGUUUUGUUUGCUUCACAUGUAACGAGCUGUUGGUCGACCUCAUCUAUUUUUAUCAGGAUGGAAAAAUUCACUGUGGCAGGCACCAUGCAGAACUGCUCAAACCACGGUGUUCAGCAUGUGAUGAGAUUAUUUUUGCUGAUGAGUGCACGGAAGCUGAGGGUCGUCACUGGCACAUGAGACAUUUCUGCUGCCUCGAGUGUGAGAUGGUGCUAGGGGGACAGCGGUACAUCAUGAAGGAUGGCCACCCAUUUUGCUGUGGAUGCUUCGAGUCUCUGUAUGCAGAGUACUGUGAAACUUGCGGGGAGCAUAUUGGUGUUGACCAUGCACAGAUGACCUAUGAUGGGCGGCACUGGCAUGCUACUGAAGCCUGCUUUUCUUGUGCCCAGUGCAAAGCUUCUUUGUUGGGAUGUCCUUUCCUUCCCAAACAAGGUCAGAUCUAUUGCUCAAAAACAUGUAGCCUCGGAGAAGACGUCCAUGCCUCUGAUUCUUCUGACUCUGCAUUUCAGUCAGCUCGAUCCAGAGACUCCAGAAGAAGUGUCCGAAUGGGCAAAAGCAGUCGAUCAGCAGAUCAGUGUAGACAGUCUCUCCUCUUGUCCCCUGCUCUGAACUACAAGUUCCCUGGUCUUUCGGGCAGUGCUGAUGAUACCCUCUCUCGGAAAUUAGAUGACCUGAAUCUUUCCAGGCAAGGAGCAAGUUUUGCCAAUGAAGAAUUUUGGAAAGGAAGAGUAGAGCAGGAGACCUCAGAGGACCCUGAAGAAUGGGCCGAACAUGAAGAUUACAUGACACAGCUCCUCCUCAAGUUUGGUGAUAAAAGCCUCUUUCAGCAGCAGCCCAAUGAGAUAGAUAUUCGAGCCAGUGAGCACUGGAUAUCUGAUAACAUGGCCAAAAAUAAGACAGAGUUAAAGCAAAAUAACCAGAGCCUUGCAAGUAAGAAAUACCAGUCUGAUAUGUACUGGGCACAGUCACAAGAUGGGCUGGGCGACUCUGCUUAUGGCAGCCACCCAGGCCCUGCCAGCAGCCGAAGGCUUCAGGAAUUGGACCUGGACCACGGGGCUUCAGGUUAUAAUCAUGAUCAAACACAGUGGUAUGAAGAUUCCUUGGAGUGCUUGUCAGACUUGAAACCAGAGCAAAGCGUCCGGGAUUCUAUGGAUUCUUUGGCUUUGUCUAAUAUCACAGGGGCUUCAGUGGAUGGAGAAAGCAAGCCCAGGCCAUCAUUAUAUUCUCUGCAAAACUUUGAGGAAAUAGAGGCAGAAGAUUGUGAGAAAAUGAGUAAUAUGGGGACUUUGAAUUCUUCCAUGCUUCACAGGAGUGCUGAGUCUUUAAAGAGUAUAAGUUCAGAGUUGUGCCCAGAAAAAAUUAUGCCUGAGGAGAAACCCGUACAUUUGCCAGUGCUUAGGAGAUCCAAGUCACAAUCCAGACCACAACAAGUUAAGUUUUCAGAUGAUGUCAUUGAUAAUGGAAAUUAUGACAACAUAGAAAUUCGGCCGGCCCCCAUGAGUGAGAGGACUCGGAGACGGGUCUACCAUUUUGAAGAGAGAGGAUCCAGAUCUCAUCACCAUCGCCGUAGGAGAAGUAGGAAGUCCCGCUCUGACAAUGCCCUAAAUCUUGUUACAGAAAGAAAAUACUCUCCCAAGGACCAACUGCGACUUUAUACCCCUGAAAACUAUGAAAGAUUUAUACAGAAUAAAAGUGCCCGAGAGAUCCAAGCAUACAUCCAGAAUGCUGACCUCUGCGGACGGUACGCGCAAGCCACUUCUGACUAUGCGCUGCAGAAUCCAGGCAUGAACAGGUUUCUGGGACUCUAUGGUGAGGAUGACGAUUCUUGGUGUUCCUCCACCUCUUCCUCUUCUGACUCAGAAGAAGAAGGAUAUUUUCUUGGACAACCAAUUCCUCAACCCAGGCCACAGAGAUAUGCCUACUAUACAGAUGACCUUUCUAGUCCGGCCUCUGCACUUCCUACGCCUCAGUUUAGUCAGAGGACAACUAAAUCCAAGAAGAAAAGGGGACACAAGGGCAAAAACUGUAUUAUAUCUUAACCUAGUAGUUCUGAAGAUCAUGUUUAAAUUUUGCCAUCAAUCAUCUUGAAUCCUAUCUUUUUUUUUCUUCCAUAGGAAAGUUACUAAAAUAGUUUAAAGUGCUUUGCCCAUGCAAAUGAGACCCCAAUUGCUGUUUAUAGUGUGAGAUUAUUUUGAAGGUGUAAUGUCCUCUAUUUACCCUCUUUGGAUGGCACCAGAUUGAUAUGACAUCUUAUGCUUGUAAGGUGCAUUAUAGUUUUAUAUAACUGCUUUGGCCUCCAUAACAAGAGAAUCAUAAAAUUGUUGAGAAGAUUGAAUAAGAAUGUUGAUUUUAGGUGAUGGAGAGCUUCAGCCACCUUUGUAAAGCAAUAGUGUUUUGUCAUUUCUUUAUGUCAGGUUGGCCCAGGUUCUGGAAAGUCUUAUGGUGUUGUGCAGCAUGCACAGAGUCACAUGAACCCAGCCAACACAGUGCUAGCUGGGGCCACCUCGUCCCCUUCCAACCUCACUAGCCAGGUAUUAGUUCUAGCUACAGAGUGAAAAUAUUCUAUUUAUAAUGUAGUGUUUCAGACUUAAGUGUAUUCCUAAUUUAAUGGUGCAAAUAUCAAUGUGUAUAUACUGUACAGUUCAGAUUUUAAAGCUGAUAUUUUUAUAUCACUGAAUUGCAAGGUGUUUGUUACACUGCAGUGCUAGAUUUGUUAGGGAACCAGAAACAGCAUUUAUGGAUGAAACGAUUGCUUGUAUUUUAGUCAGGGUUUAUAAGUUUAGAUAGUUAAGUUUAUAUUGUGUAGUCCAAUUAUUUUGAUUAUUUUCAAUAUUAAAAAGGCUCUAUAUGCAUGGUAGGGCUAUGUAAAUACUCUUUAAAAUUAUGGCCUAUUAAUCUUAUGAGUAUUAUUUAUGGGUCAAACAAUGUAAGCUGUAUAAAUGUAAAAAUAACAAAAACAAUCCCCUCCCUCCCGUAUCCUUGGAAUAUAUGGUAAAAACUA